AUGACUAGAACUGCAGCAACAAGAAGCAGUCGCUCCAUCCUUGCGAACGGGAAGCAGCCGCUCCAUCCUAGCUCAGUGGGAGUAAACCACCAAGCUACACCAGAGCAGCAAAAUGCUGAUCAGACUCAAGCUGAGGAACUGAUAGUAUUUCACCAAGCUUCUUCCUCGGCUACUGUCAAGAAUAAAAUGGGACUGGUUAUCCAAGGUGAUGCCUCUACUUCAUCUCAACAGGACAUUUUGGUUCAUGACCACCAUAUCACUAAGAUAACAGUCAAUGAGAGCAACUCUCCUCAAAUGCUCAUGCAGCCUGGUGUCACUUUGUCAUCUAACAAAUUUGAGUAG